AUGUCGGAAGCCUAUGACGACGGGUAUGAGGACAUUACUGGAGUUGACAUCGUGCCUGCGGUCGUUGACGCGAUGAAGCAGCUGAACGCUUCAAGACGUCCUGGGAUCAAGUACGAAGUGGCUGAUGCGCGGGAGCUCUCGGUGUUCUCUGACGGCUCCUUCGACGUUGUCUUUGACAAGAGCACGUUAGACGCCCUGAAGUGCGCUGGGCAGGAUGCGACAAGUCAGAUGUCAUCUGAGAUCCACCGCAUUCUGUCAAGCGAUGGGGUGUACCUCUGCGUCAGCCUCAAUGUACCGGAGGAGGCGCAGCCAGCAAUCGAGCGUACGGCUCACGAUGACCGCUGCUGGGAAGUGCAGGUGCUGGUGUGCGAGAAUGAGAGAUACGACGGGACUGAUGACGGCCCACCCAAGCACCUGUACAUGUAC